AUGCCCAGAAGCAGGGAUGAAGGCUCUCUUCUCCCAGCCCCCCUCUUCCUCCUCCUCCUCGCCUGCUUUGUGGUUGCCCUCCAAGCCAAGAUCUAUGAGCGUUGUGAGUUGGCUAAAAGGUUGUCUGCCCAUGGGUUGGAUGGCUACGAGGAUUACAGCCUGGCUAAUUGGGUCUGCUUGGCUUUUUUCGAGAGCGGCUUUGACACCGAAGCUGUGGCUCAGAACGAGGAUGGCACCAGAGACUUCGGCAUCUUUCAGAUCAACAGCACUUGGUGCGCCGAUGAAGCUAUCGAUUCGGACAACUUGUGCGACGUCGAUUGCAAAGAGUUGCUGACUCCUGAUAUUGAAAAUGAUAUCCGCUGUGUCAGGAGGAUAGUGAAACAUCCCCAAGGCAUGGCCAUUUGGGAUGAGUGGAAAACACACUGCGAACACCUCCAAAACCUAGAGGAAUGGGUGAAACAGUGUCAGCUCUGA